GACGCGUUGUUUGCAAUGCCUCGGGAGGAUAACGCCUCGUUGGUGCUUUUACAGGGGACGCCACAGAAGGAUGUGGUAAUAAAGCCGGAUGCUCCAAGCACGUUGCUUUCAGAGAAACAUGCGGACUACAUCGCUUCGUACGGAACAAAGAAAGACGAUUACGAGUACUGUAUGUCUGAGUAUUUGAGGAUGAGCGGUGUUUAUUGGGGGCUGACAGCAAUGGAUCUCAUGGGACAGCUGCACCGAAUGAACAAAGAAGAAAUUCUGGCAUUCAUCAAAUCGUGUCAGCAUGAAUGUGGUGGAAUAAGUGCCAGCAUAGGUCACGAUCCCCAUCUUCUGUAUACCCUGAGUGCUGUCCAGAUUCUGAUCUUAUAUGAAAGUCUCCAUGUUGUCGAUGUAAAUAAAAUUGUGGAGUAUAUACAGAGCUUGCAGAAGGAAGAUGGAUCAUUUGCUGGAGACAAAUGGGGAGAAAUAGAUACAAGGUUCUCCUUUUGUGCUGCAGCAACUCUCGCGCUUCUAGGAAAACUGGAUGCUAUUGACGUGGAGAAAGCAGUAGAAUUUGUUUUGUCCUGUAUGAACUUUGAUGGAGGAUUUGGCUGCAGGCCAGGUUCUGAGUCACAUGCAGGACAGAUCUAUUGUUGCACAGGAUUUCUGGCUAUUACAGACCAGUUGCACCAAAUAAAUGUUGACUUGCUGGGUUGGUGGCUUUGUGAACGUCAGCUACCUUCUGGAGGUCUCAACGGGCGUCCGGAGAAGUUACCUGAUGUAUGUUAUUCAUGGUGGGUUCUAGCAUCUCUGAAGAUGAUUGGUAGGUUGCACUGGAUUGACAGAGAGAAACUGCGCUGCUUUAUUUUGGCUUGCCAGGACGAGGAGACUGGAGGAUUUGCUGACAGACCAGGAGAUAUGGUGGAUCCAUUUCACACUUUGUUUGGAAUUGCUGGACUAUCCUUACUUGGGGAAGAACAAAUUAAGGCUGUCAAUCCUGUCUUCUGUAUGCCAGAAGAUGUCCUUCGAAGAAUAAAUGUACAGCCUGAGCUUGUGAGCUAAAUCUCAUGGAGACAGCAAAUUGAUACACCCUCUUGGUUUGGUUUUACUGAUUGGAAGUCAUCUUUGAAGCUUAGAAUAUUCUUAAUAUUCUUCUUUGAGAUGUGUUUACAUUACACAGUACCUUUACUGUGGGCUUUGUCACUUUGUGAACUGUAUUGUAACAGGCUUGUUGUAGUAUUCUGAGUGUAAUAUGUUCGUUGGUUGUACAUAAGAGAUGUAGAAACAUUUCAAUCUGUAUCUAAAUAUAUAGGCUUUUUUUUUAAUAACCAAGUUGAAGCAGUAGUGUGACUAGCUUAAUUUUUUCUAUUCCUGCAAUGUCAACCAUGAUAGCAUCUGUCUUCAUGCAAGCAUGUUUUGAUAGUGUAUCACACAGCACUUUAGAAGAUUACAGGAAGAAGAACCACCCAGCUGAAGCCAUGCACUUAAUGCCAAACAUUUGUCUGUGUAAUUCUUAAUGUUCAUGCUUGGCCUCACUUCUAUAUACCAGAUGCAAGCUAUUUCUUUUGAUACUAAUUAUUACCAGUGAAAGCGACAAAAAAUGAUUCUAUUAAAUACAGGAAUGUACUCCUAUUUCUGCAGAAGUUCCUUUUGACAAAAUUCUCCUGAUAGUUGAAAUGGAGCAUACCUUGAGUGUAUGUACAUUAGAAAUUGCUAUGUUAAUCAUUAUAGAGAAAUUCUUCAUAGGAAAGUGACUUGCAGCUGAAUAUAGUGCUGACCGUAAAUUUGUUGCUGGACUGAAAUUCUGGUUUUGCAGCUUUUAAGACAAAAAUUGCCAGCACUUCAUUAUGGUGUAAUUGAGAAUUAAAUUAGCCAUGGAAAAUAGUCAUCUGAAAGAUGAAAUCCUUUUGUCUUUGUAGAAGCCCUAAAAUUGCGUGUUAUUUUACAUCGUCCUGCACUGUCUGAAACUGAAUUUCAUUUCACAGUAAAAUGAGGUUGUGAGGGGGAAGAAGUUGUCUUUGAUAAUCUCUGUAUGUAUGAUUAAAGGAGGUAUAAAACUAUUUCAACAUUUUUGAUCACCAGCUGCUUAGUUAUAUACAACCCAUUCAUCUUAGUAGAGAAUAAGGCAAUAACUUCUUUGGAAAUUCAGAGACUAUUUGAAUGCUCUAAUAUUAUGGUUUUUUUUUUUUUAAACCUUUAUUUCACCGGAAGCUUUUAGACAAUU